AUGACGGCUACGGAGUGCUACAAGCUGAUGACCGAGCACCGCCUUUCCCCGGAGGAGGAGGAGAACCUCGUGCAGCGCCUGUACUACCGACAGAUGCAGCUGACGGAGCAGCGCGAGGAGGAGCACCGCGCCACCCUGGAGCGGACACGCGCACAGAUGCAGAAGCAUAUUUCAAAGGAUGAGGAGGGCCGCUUGGUAACCCGCAUGUAUGAUCAACAGGUGGAGCGCUUUGCCAACUCCAAAGCUGAGCGAGAUCGCAAGGUGGAGGAAGAGAUGCACAAGAAUGAUAAGAAGAUGGACUCCAGCGAGAUCGAUGACCAGGUGCGCCGCAUCUACGAGGAGGAGCGCAAGAGGAGCCAGGCGCGGCGUGAAGAGCUUUACUCGCGCUACAUGCCAACCGCAGAGGCAAAGAAGAUUGGCAAGAAGGAGCUGAAGGGGUGCGUGGAGCGCCUUUCGCACGUGGACUGGGAGAAACGCGACGAGGAACUUUUCAAAAAGUACGUCUAUCCGUACGACCCAAAGACGACAAAGAUCUCCCGCGACGACGAGCAAGUGAUGGCGAACCGCCUCUCAACGACGAAGGGGACGGGCUAA